CACACCGCAUCCCCACACACAUAAGCAGGAGUAUGGCCCCCAAGUCCUGCGCGCUGUGCAAGGCUGCGAAGGCGAUUUUGAGGCGGCCGAAGACGGGGCAGCAGAUCUGCAAGGACUGCUUCUUCUAUGUGUUCGAGACGGAGGUGCAUAAUACGAUCGUGGAUGCGAGGUUGUUCCAGAGAGGGGAUCGUGUAGCGAUUGGGGCAUCUGGGGGGAAGGAUUCGACGGUGUUGGCGUAUGUGUUGAAGACACUGAAUGAGCGCUAUGAUUAUGGGCUCGAUCUGUUCCUUCUGUCGAUCGACGAAGGGAUCAUGGGGUAUCGGGAUGAUUCAUUGGAGACAGUCAAGCGAAAUCAACAGCAGUACGACAUGCCGCUGAAGAUCCUAUCCUACGACGAGCUAUACGGCUGGACCAUGGACCGCAUCGUCUCACAGGUUGGCAAGAAGAACAACUGCACGUUCUGCGGUGUCUUCAGGCGGCAGGCGCUCGAUCGCGGUGCUGCCAUGCUCCACGUCGACCACAUCGUGACUGGGCACAAUGCGGAUGAUAUAGCAGAGACUGUGCUGAUGAAUAUCAUGCGUGGUGAUAUCGCACGCCUGGGGCGGUGUACGUCGAUCUGCACCCAGGGCGAGGAUACCAUCAAGCGAUCCAAGCCUUUCAAGUAUGCGUAUGAGAAGGAGAUUGUCAUGUACGCCUACUUCAAGAAGCUCGACUACUUCUCGACAGAGUGCAUUUAUUCCCCGGACGCGUAUCGAGGUCAUGCCCGCGUCUUUCUCAAAGACCUUGAGGCGGCUCGGCCCAGCGCUAUCAUUGAUAUCAUACACUCGGGCGAGGCCUUUGAGAUCCGCGAGGAGGUCAAGGCGACGCAGAAGUCACAGCAAACAUGUAAGCGCUGUGGAUACAUGUCCAGUAACGACCUCUGCAAGGCAUGCACCCUGCUUGAGGGCCUGGAGCGCGGCAUGGCAAGCUCCGGCAUCACCGACAGAGGGCGCAAGCAGCUCGAAGCAAGUGGACCAGCGCCGGAGAAUAUCCGCACUAUACCAUUCUUCAAGCCCCCAUCAGGACAUGCUGCGAUAGCCGUCGAGACGCCUUCAUGACCCAGUGGGGACAUAUGUAUUCACUUCGCCUUGUUGUAGCCUCUUGUUCUGGAUCAUGUAGCCUAGGUGUACGACCCCUCUUACUACCUUAAUAUAUUCGUCAUGCUCUUGCCA